UGGUUCUUUCUAAAAAUAAGGUUUUAAAAAAUAUCCAAUAAAUACUCGUCACACACUGUAUAACAUACAUUAUAGAUUUUUCGUAUAUUUCGGGAUGUAUUCAUAAGUAGACAUUGGAAAGAUAGAGGAAAAAGCAAGCACAAAAAGUUCAAUCACAACCAACAAACUCUUCUAAAUAUAAAAAAAUGUAUGGUGUAAUCUCGUUUGCCAAUGAAAGGAGCAAUGUUCUAAUUCAAGCUUUAAAUUAGGCAAUUCAAUUAAUAGAAUAAUUCUAACGCAUAACGACUGUGACAGAUUCGUUUAUUCCGACGUGCGCAGGAUGCUGUUUGAAAUUGCACGCGCUGGCCGCCAUUUUGAAAAGUAUCGCGUCCUCGUCGUCCUAGACUCACUCGACUGUCGCGCGGCGGCGGUUCGUUCGCCCCGGAGUAGUCGAUUCGGAGCAGUCGAUUGCAGUCGAUUCGGAACAGUGUGUUGGCAGGCGUUGUCACUCGCGCCGACGUACAUUGAAACGCCGCGUUCUAUCCGCAUCGCCGCCGCCACCGCCGUCCACUCCGCCGUCGGCCAAUUGCGGGAUCCCGUUUCGCGAGCGUGUCUCUCGGGCAGUACACACGUUACGUUCGCGCGUUCUCGAGCCGUCGUGUCUCGAGAGUCGCGUCUCGCGUCUCGCGGAGCCGCUCCGGGAACUCGUUCCCGUUCGUCGGUCCGUCGCCCGUUUAGUCACCAUCAAGUUCCAGCACGAGCGAACUCGGAAUCGCAAUAUCCCUCCCCCUUCCCUCCCCGUUGAGGAAAAGGAGUCAACGUCGCUCGUGCUAGUGUUAUCGCGCGUGAACCGCGUUUGUGGCGUUCAUCUGCGACCCGUGAAAAAAAAGAGGAUUAUCGAAAUCACUCUUGGCACGAAUAAUCGACACGUAUAUAUGUACAUACACACACGCGCACGUACACACGUACAUUCCCGCAAACGCGCACUUACAGCGGACAGCCAAGUGACACAGUUGAUACGCGCGAACUGUUGUGCUUCGGUAUAGAAAUGUUACUCUGUCGUUUGGCCGCGAUACACGGCGAGGGCUCGUAGCGAACAUCGUCAUCCGCUGCCAUCGCCGUUCGCGUCCUCCGCGUCCCGGUUCUAGUAGUUCUUUCUCUCUCUUUCUCACUCGUUCUCUCUCUCUCUCUCUCUCUCUCUCUCUCUCUCGGCGUGACGAAUCCCGUCGUCCCGUUUUUCACGCGGGCACGUUCCAGACUCCUAUUCGCGCCUACAGGCCACGGACAGGUUACGGACGUCGCGCACGAGUAGGAUGAUCAACAUGGAAACGGACAAGAUCAUCGACGACGCGAACGCGAGUCUACAGUACCCGAUGACGAUACUUUAUGAACCCAACUGUAAAAAGGAACAAUCUACAGGCGCGUCGACGCAAUACGGACAAGAGAAAGAGAUUUGUAUGAAACUUUUCGAGAGAUGGAGCGAGCCAGAGCAAGUGCAGUUUGUCGAACAGCUGUUAGCGCGAAUGUGUCAUUAUCAGCACGGGCACAUCAAUGCGUAUCUCAAACCGAUGUUGCAGAGAGACUUUAUUUCGCUUUUGCCAAAAAAAGGAUUGGAUCAUGUGGCAGAAAGUAUUCUUUCAUAUCUUGAUGCAAAGUCACUUGUUUCUGCUGAGUUAGUGUGCAAGGAAUGGCACAGAGUUAUCAGUGAAGGGAUGCUUUGGAAGAAACUGAUAGAGCGGAAAGUCCGAACUGAUUCUGUUUGGAGAGGUCUGGCUGAGAGGAGAGGAUGGAUACAGUAUCUAUUUAAACCGAAGCCGGGUGAAGCUCAUCCCAAUCACAACUUCUAUAGGUCUCUUUAUCCAAAAAUUGUCAAAGACAUUGAAAGCAUAGAAAACAACUGGAGAAUGGGUCGAUUCAAUCUUCAAAGAAUCAACUGUCGUAGCGAAAACUCGAAAGGCGUUUAUUGUCUGCAGUAUGAUGAUCAGAAGAUAGUUUCCGGACUCCGAGACAACACGAUUAAGAUCUGGGACAGAAAUACUCUGCAGUGCAUCAAGGUGUUGACUGGCCACACAGGUUCUGUACUUUGUUUGCAAUACGAUGAUAAAGCUAUAAUAUCUGGCUCCUCGGAUAGCACUGUGAGAGUUUGGGACGCCACUACGGGUGAGAUGGUCAACACGUUAAUUCAUCAUUGCGAGGCGGUGCUUCAUCUGAGAUUUAACAACGGCAUGAUGGUUACCUGCUCAAAGGAUCGUUCAAUAGCAGUCUGGGAUAUGACAUCGCAGACAGAGAUUGCAUUGAGAAGAGUAUUAGUGGGACACAGAGCAGCAGUGAAUGUGGUUGACUUCGACGAGAAGUAUAUUGUUUCCGCUAGUGGUGAUAGGACUAUCAAAGUAUGGAACACUUCCAACUGCGAAUUUGUGCGAACAUUGAACGGACAUAAACGCGGCAUAGCGUGUUUGCAAUAUAGAGAUCGCUUAGUAGUUAGUGGUAGUAGUGAUAACACCAUACGAUUGUGGGACAUCGAGUGCGGAGCUUGCUUGCGUGUUUUAGAGGGACAUGAAGAAUUAGUGAGAUGUAUUCGAUUCGAUAGCAAGCAUAUCGUCAGCGGUGCUUAUGAUGGAAAAAUCAAAGUUUGGGAUCUCGUAGCUGCUCUCGAUCCAAGAGCAGUUGCCAGCACAUUAUGCUUGCGUACUUUAGUGGAGCACACUGGGCGUGUAUUUCGUCUUCAGUUCGACGAAUUCCAAAUAGUUUCAUCAUCACACGAUGAUACAAUAUUAAUUUGGGAUUUUCUUAAUUAUAAUCCGUCAAGCGGAAGUGUAUGUAGUGGUCGUCUUCCCAUGGAUGGAGUACCGAACCAAGCAGAUACCAGAUCUCCUUCCCCAUUCGAGUGACGCAUCAAUACUGAGACUCCUUUAUUGUGAUAUAAUUACAAGUGGUUAGUGAGUGAAUCCAAUGUGUUCACAACAAUGUGCGCAAACAAUGAAAUGUCCCAUGAGUGUUCAGUGUGAACAGCAAUUAUACAUAGAAACAUCUGAGAAGAAAAUUUGGUGGAUCACUAACUUUGAUUUAUUGUUUGCUGAAAUAGCAAAAAAAAUUCUUCAACAAAUAGGAAAGUAUAACGGACUGACUUGCGUGAAACUAUAAAUUAUAAUUUAUAUAUGCGCUUGACGCGUUUAGGAACGAACAGUAUGUUUAAAGCCGCAUAAAUACAUCCCAUGGAUGUAAAUGAUUGCUGUCGUCUGCUUUGGCCAUAUCUGGAAUUCUUCUACGCUCUAUGACAAGAUAGAAGUCAAGACCAUUUUCUUACGAUAAAAAAAAGAAAAAAAAGAAAGACUUACAAUACGUAAUGUAGCGAAACGUUUUAGGGAGGCUGGAUAUUACACUUAAUAAGACAUUAGAUGUAUUAUAGUAAAAGAAAUUAAUGAUUUUUUUAUAUAAUUAAUUUAUGAGAUAAAAAAAAUUGUAAAAUGUUUAAUUGGAGUACUUAUCUUGUGUGAAUGUGUAAAAAAAUUGUUACAUGGGAGGAUUAUCGUGUUGCACCAUCUUUUGAAAAUAGCUCGUACAAAGUGUUAUUUACUCAUGUUUAGAACCGAAAAAAAAUUAUUGAUUGAAUGUAUAACAAUUUUUUGUAGACAUUCAAAUUUUGUGGAACUUUAAAAAGCGAGUGAAGAGCCAAUAACCUCUGCACAGCCUACAUUUGGUAUAAUACCAUUUGCAUUUAGAAUAUAAAAAUCACUACAUCAGAUUGUAAAUAUUAUCAUCAUUAUUAUUAUAUUCAUACUGAAACAAAUAUAGCGUGUGAUCCUAAAGUAAUCUCUUGUAAAAAGAAAAAGAAACGCUAUUAUUACAUCUUGACCAUUGAUCUCGUUUAACUUAUUUUAAUCACGUUUUAUACACUAUAAGGUUUUCAUUUUUAUAUUUGUUUAAAUUGCCAAUUUGUUCGAAAUUGUGUAUUGAUGCUUUUUCUUUUUCUAGGAGUGUUAAAUUGUUUGCAAUUUGGUAUUUCACUAAAAUUUAAAAAAGAUUCUUUAAAUAUAACAAAACAUUUUUGAUGCGAAUAAACAAAACGUUAUUGCUGUUUGGAUUUAUAUUUAUGUACAUAACUUACAAUUAGUAUAUAUAUAUGAUUAAUGACGUCAUGAAACACCUAAAUGAUUGUGACGUUAUAAAGCAGUUUGUGCUUUGUAAACAGCGUGAAUAUUAAUGUAUGCAUAUAUGCAAUAUUAUAUUGCAUUAUAUUUGCGAAAUAUGAUUCUAAAUUUUCAUGAUACAAUACUUUUGCCGUUAUUAAAAAAAAAA